ACCUUCGUAGGGAACGCACGUAUCAUUUCGCAUUUGAAUUUCGAACGUAUAGACAAUGACAGUUAAGUGACUAGCUCAUGUGUAUAAUGUACCCAACGGAAAAUAUAAAACAUGGACUAAAAAUAAAUCCGUUUAUAAAGGAAAAUAUGUUGAAAACUAUUCAGAAUCUGUGCUAUAAUAACACAAAUGUAAACAAUUUUAACAUGUCAUCACCUUUUUUGGUUGACAAUAUUUUGCAUCAACAAAAAUCGGUGAUACAUAAUCAAUACUUGAACCAAUUGGAGUUCUUACAACGUUCCAAUUUCGAAAGAUCCAGAGAGAAUUCACCAGAAAUAGAGGAGAGUAAAAUGGCUGAACCAGACGAUGACAGGAACGAGGAAACCGCAGACAAAGUAGACGACGACGAUUCUAAAAGCGACGAAGGUUUUGUCAAGCACGAGGUCUAUUACAACGAUUAUUAUCGUAAUGAAGAUCGCGAGAAAGAGGUUUUGAAUAUUCCAAAUUUGAAUCGCCGCUGUCACUGUGGUUCUUUCGACUGCCCGCCGUUUUCCUGUAAGAAAUCGGGCAUUAGGCGUUUAGAAGAGCUAGAAAAAAGGUUCAAUUUAAAUAAUUAUCAAGAUAACUCCGACGAGGACGUUAGAGAAAAGACUGAGGACAUGGUAAAAAGUUGUGAUGAUUAUAACGAACAGAAAAAACCGCUUUUGAAGUUUAGUGUCAGUGCCAUACUUGGGGAAGACCAGGUGAAAACUAAUGUCAAUGAUUACAGACAACCGAUGGUGGGUAACCCAUGGCCGAUAGCAAAACCCAUCGCGAGCCGCCCAAUUCCAGUACAGCAUCAGCACUUGCAGCAUCUACUUGCUCACUGUCACCAUCCAUAUUUAGCAGUGAGGCCGUCGCAAGCUCAUACCCAGGUCUUCCCGCUUCCAGGUGGAUUUCCAUGGGCGCAUAGUUCUAGAGGAAAACCCCGCCGUGGGAUGAUGCGACGUGCGGUAUUUUCUGAUCUCCAAAGAAAAGGGCUGGAGAAGAGGUUUCAAGUCCAAAAGUACAUAUCCAAACCGGACAGGAAGAAAUUGGCCGAGAAACUCGGAUUGAAGGAUAGUCAGGUAAAGAUCUGGUUUCAAAAUCGCCGAAUGAAAUGGCGGAAUUCAAAAGAGCGCGAGCUACUCGCAUCUGGCGGGUCCAGGGAACAAACUCUUCCGAACAAAAACAACCCACAUCCAGAUUUAUCAGACGCCGAGGCUGAUAAGCAAAAAUUCUCUCCAUUACCCGAAGACGAGGAAUUAAAAAACAAAAUGUACGCGUCAACAUCGAACUGUCAAAAUGACAGUUACCGCAUCGAUGACAAGAUGGCGGCUGGGAUAUUUACGCGGGAAAACUAUCAAAAUGAACUCGAUGAUUUUGAGAGUGAUAGCGCAUCUGACGAGGAAAUAAAUGUGACAUGACCUGUUUUUGUAUAAUUGUAUAAAUCUAUAUUUAUAAUCCUAGAAUAAACCUAGUAUUUAUAACCGAAUUAGUCAUAUUAAUUUAAGAUAAUUAUUACAAUGUGAAAUAAAUUUCUCUUAUAAAUGCAAUUUUCAAUCAAAUGUCAUGUUAUGUAAUUACUGUCAAAUAAGAGAUUCAUUUUUCUAUUCUAUACACAAAAAUUAACAGUCAAACAUAAUAUUAUGUAGAGGUAUCUCUGCCUCAUUGGAAGUGUCAUACUUAAUCUCAAAAAUCAUUCAUUUAAUUCCACGUCAUUAACUAAAAAAUACAGAAUUAAUUUAUAUUAAUAUUUUAGUCUAUGCUAGAAUUGCAAAUAUAAAUAACUUUUGUAAAUUGCACCUUUGUAAAUAUAUAUAGGUCUAUGAUAACGGUGUAAAUUGUCAGAUUUAUCAUUGUGUUAAUAUUGAUGACAUUUUAGAAUUAAAAAAAUAAUGUACCUUAAAUCCUUUUUAGUUAAGAUAAUAAAAACUAAAUGGGCGAAUAUUUUAUGAGUGUAAUCCAGGUAAUUUCAGAGGUUUUGGUGGGAUUUAUAAUUUCCAUAGAUUUUUUGUAAUAAGGAAAUAACAGUGACAGUCAAUAAACCACAGAACACCGGAUCUCCGUUGCAUUGUAAAAUUAGUAUGUAAAUGAAAUUAUGGUCAUGAUCUCA